UUCUAACAAGACACAAUGUCAAGAUGAUCCUGUUAUGGGUUACACUGCUUGUUCUUCAUCAAGGAUAUUCGCUAGUUCCAGUUAGAACAGUUCAACUUGGUGAACCUGCAACCUUCACGUGUGCUCUCCAUUAUAAGAAGAUUGGCCGGCCACAGCUCAACUGGUACAAGCAGAGUGCCGGGGAAUCUCUGAAAUUAAUUGUGACAAAGCGUGAAUCUACAAAACCUGAGUAUGCACCAGAGUUUUCUGAAUCAAGAUUGGAAAUAAAAAAUGAUAACAAUUUUAGCAACCUGACCAUCCUGAGGACAAUCCAAGAAGAUGAGGGAAUGUAUCACUGUGCAUCCACGGAGCUGUAUACAAGUCCUGUAUGGAGUGGGACAUAUUUGUUAAUAAAAGGAAACACUCAGAAGACAUCAAACUACACUGUUGUUCAGUGGCCGACAGCAUCUGAUCCAGUCCGUCCAGGAGACUCUGUGACUCUCCAGUGUUCAGUCCUCUCCGACUCUGGGAACAAGAGGUGUCCAGGAGAUGACCGUGUGUUCUGGGUCAGAGCUGGAUUGAAUAAAUCUUAUCCGGACAUCAUCUACACUGAUGGAGGAAGACAUAAUGAAUGUGACAAGAGAUCUGACACUCAGAAGAGUUGUGUUUAUCGCUUCUCUAAGAACGUCAGCUCCUCUGAUGACGGGACUUAUUACUGUGCUGUGGCCACAUGUGGGGAGAUAUUAUUUGGAGAUGGAACUAAACUGCCAAUCGAGCAAACACCACCAAGUGUUGAAUUUAUUGCGCUGGUGAUAGCAACAGUCUGCUUGGUCAUUUCUAUGACUGGAAACAUUGUUUUCUUCUGUUACCGAACUUCAACACCAGUAUGUUCCCAAUUUAAAGGAAUAGAAAACGCCUCUUCCCAAGCAAGACAUGACAACUCAAGACAAUCAGUACAGGAUAUUCCUGAAGAUGGACUUGAUCUGAACUACGCUGCGUUGCAUUUCUCUGGAAAAAAAACUACAAGAGGAAGGAAGAAGACAGAGUUGAGAACUGAAGAAAGUGUGUACUCUCAAGUUAAAUGCUGAAUGUGUAUGUGUCUAUACAAUUGUAAAGGUUGGUUUAGAGUGCUGACCUCUUACAAUGAGGAUCAUUUUAAACCUUGUGUGUUCCCCUCUAACAUUUUUGAGUGUUAGGUGUUUUAUACCAAGAGUCAAAAUCAUAGCAUUUACCAUUAUUUGAUCCGUGCAUCAUGUUAUGUGUCUGAAUGCGUUGUCAUUUUUUUUUUAUUAGAAAUGUUAACCUUUGAAGAGUAAGAUCCUUUUUAACAUGAAACAGCCCUGAAAUUACUAUCGCCAAACCCACUGUUCCAACAAUUACCACACUGAUUUGGUUGAAAUAACACCUUGAUACACCCAUUUUAAUGUGAAAAUAUGCUGGCUCUAUACACAUUUAUUACACAUAAAUGUUAAUCACUAGAGUCAUUGAAUCUCCUGGAUGGACUGGAUCUGAUACUUUUGGCCACUGCACAACAGUAUAGUUUAAAGUCCUCGAGUGUUUCCUGCAUCAAACAAAACUGUUAAAAGUUUACGAUCUCCACAAAUUUUAAAAUAUUAAAAAGGUUUUAAGAAUAGUUCAAAUGUAACAUGGAUUUGAUGUAAUACUUUGCAGAAAUAUUAACAAAUACAUUUUCCAGGAAAUUUAGAUACUUAACCUCCACAUUGACAAAACAGUCAUAUACCUUACACAACAUUCUAAUUGGAUAUUUGAAAUGUAUUGUAUAUUGUAUAAUGAAUUUAGAAAUCCUCUCCAAAAAUUCUUGGUGACACAAAGUCAAGUUGGUUUUCUUAAACUUUAACACCGUAAGUGAUUCCAAAAGAUUUUAAAUAACAGAUCACAUAUUACCUUUUAAUGACAAAUAGGUGCUGCUCCAAGUAAUCUCAAUCCACUCUAUGAGUGCACAAUGAUACAUUCCAUCAUCUUCUUAAAUUGUCUUAAAAUUGUCAGAUUGCUGUUACUUUUAAACUUUUACAUCCAAUCUCAAGGCAGAAACCUCUGGUCCAUACACUCUAGUUUACAUGUUUCUGCAGUUUCACAAUUAAUUUCAGAAUCUCCCCAGCACUCUGCUUGUACCACAGGUGUCUAUCGUUGAAGUAAUUAUCAGGUAAAACACGUGAAGGUUGCAGGUUUACCAAGUUGAACUGUGGUUACUGAAAUAAUAAAUGACAAUAGUGUAUAAAGAAGCAACAAGGUCAAUACGUGAACUAUCACACAUCUAGUUUGAGUGCAAAUAUAACAUGAGAAAAUAUUUCAAUAGAUUCAAUAGCACACUCAUAUCCUUGGAGAAGCAAUGUAACACAGAACCCAAUCAUCUUGACACUGUAUCUUGAUAGGAAACUUGGUAUUUCAGUGAGUAAAGUUGAGAUUAUCCUGUGAGUCAGUCAUCAAAUGCAUCUGAUUGGUUAACACAGAAUAACAGUCAAAGUUCAUUUCCUGUCACACUGG